GAUCUUGUCUUGCAACCCUUUCGUUGCUCGCAGUUAUAUCGAGGACUUCUGAUAUCUCAUCCUUAUUGUGGGUAGGUAUGAAAGUUAUCUCUCGCACAGCGAUCCUGUAGUACUUGCUCUCAACCCGUUUUUUGUCCUUGAGUACGUUUCAUGUGAUUUUCAUUUGACUUCUAAAACCCUCCUUAAAUCCACCGCCGGCAGGAAUGAUCCUACUCCGGAUCGGGGCUCUCAGCUACCCCGGGCUACAGCUCUUAUCAUAUCGUCAUUAGGCUUUAUUCAUGAUCUCCGCCAAGGUCAACUUGACCCCGAUGUCGUACGUGGUUGCGCACUAGAUAUGGAUCAGUACAGUAGAUUGUUCGGGACUGCUCGUAUACCAACAGAGCGUGGCUGCAAGAUGCUCGUGAACGAUGCAGCUCGUCAUAUAGUGGUUUUACGGAGGGGACAGUUCUAUUGGUUUGACGCCCUUGAUGAGGACAACCGACCCCUGUUAACCGAACGUGAGGUUCUUCGCAACCUCCAAGCCAUCUGCAAGGACGCUGACAAGACUCCAAUCACUGAGGUUGCUCGUACGGCUAUUGGUGUUCUCACUACCGAGAAUCGGAAAACUUGGUCUUCCCUUCGACAUGAACUCGUGCAGGAUAAGACCAAUGCAGCUUGCCUGCGUCUGGUCGAUGAUGCUUUGUUUGUGGUCUGCUUGGAUGAUGCAGCCCCAGGUCGCGAUGGCAUCGGUGCGCUCGCUCAAACCGGCGAAAAGGGAGAAGACCUCGCUGCUCUAUGCAGUAAUUUCCUUUGCGGAACUUAUGACCUGCGGGAAGGUGUGCAGGUUGGCACGUGUACUAACCGGUGGUAUGACAAACUGCAAAUCAUUGUGUGUGCAGAUGGUGCCGCCGGCAUCAACUUUGAACACACUGGCGUUGACGGCCACACGGUUUUAAGGUUUGCUGCAGAUGUCUUCACUGAAGGCCUCAUGCUGCUUGCGCGUUCAAUCAAUCCCUCCGCACCCACUCUGUUCCAUGCAUCCCUUUCUCCGCACGCUAAGUCCUAUAGGCCUCCCAAGUCGAUAGCCGGCGGCAAAUUGCCAACAUCCUCUCAAAGUUUCUCAUAUGACACCUCACCUUCUAAACUCAUGUGGACACUGACUCCCUCAAUUCGAGUUGGCAUCCGGUAUGCUGAGACACGGUUGAGUGACCUUAUAUGUCAGAAUGAUUGUCAGGCGCUCGAGUUUAAGGGCUAUGGAAAGAAUUUUAUUACGAGUCAUGGUUUCAGCCCCGAUGCGUUUGUGCAGAUGGCUUUCCAGGCGGCAUACUUCGGGCUUUAUGGGAGAACGGAGUGUACUUAUGAACCUGCAAUGACGAAAGCCUUCCUUCACGGGAGGACCGAAGCCAUCCGGACAGUGCAACCUGAGAGCGUGGACUUCACGAAGACAUUUUUCUCGGAGUGUUUGCCUGAUGAAAAGAUUCGUAAAUUGCGCAAGGCGUGUGAUCGACAUGUACAACUUACGAAGGAGUGCAGCCAGGGCUUGGGCCAAGACCGACACUUGUAUGCAUUAUACUGCUUGCAUCAGCGCCAGGUGACAGGAAACCUUGACCCCUCUCCUGAUGACCCGAUCCCGAACGGAAACAUUCAGAAGAAUAUCCUUCCAUCAAUCUUUGCUGACCCGGGCUGGGGUCUACUAAGUACGUCUAUUCUGUCCACUUCAAACUGUGGGAAUCCCGCGUUGCGCUUGUUCGGAUUCGGGCCCGUUGCGGCUGAUGGGUAUGGCAUUGGAUAUAUCAUCAAAGAGAAUGGGAUUAGUGUGUACGCCACAAUUCUCAUUAUCCAUCGGCGUGUCAUUGAGACUGACAAAUAUUCUUACAGCGUCGCUUCAUCGAAGCAUCUACAGACGCGCCGAUUCCUGGAUACCCUCCAGGGAUAUCUGUUAGAAGUUCAGAGGAUCUUAAUCCAGCUCCAUCGCUCCGCAAAUGAACGCCCAGCGCCAUUUGUUGAUCACUCUGGCAUCCUCCGUGACUCUAAGACUGGUCGACCAAUCAACGGCCACGAUUACGGGUCAGACGAAUCGGGCAGCGACUACGGGGAUACUAUGCCAAGUUAUUCGUUCUUUGAUAGUGGUGAUAUCGAACUGCUCGGACGCCACAAGAGAAGUCCGUAUGCAAAUAUUGGUGUGUCUGACCUCGUGCAAUGUUUUGCCAGCGUUGAUUAACUCUGGCAUGUAGGAAAAGUCCUCCCGCUUUCCGAUUACUGACAGAAAGUGGCUAAAUGUUGUAUUUACAAGUAUGGGAAAAUAUAUUUUAGCCUACCAUUUUGCGUGUAUCACUGCAUUUAUGAUGUCAGAUGUAUAUAAUCUUAUGACGUGGGUUAGUAACACGUAUGCGGCGUCGAUAAACAAACGACAACUGAG